AAUCGACAUAACCCUCCUCGUCUUCUACCUCAUAAGAUUUGUGCCACUGUGCUGCCUUUUGACUAUGUUCCCCGCUAUCAUAGCCGAAAGAACGUUUGCUUCGCGAUAUAUUAGCGAUUACGAGCGUACUGACCGAUCGUGGAUUUCAUAUUCGGUUAUCACAGGCUCUUUUCUGUGUGCUGUAAUUUACUACAUCUUCGUUCAAUCGUUUUUUGUCGGCAUGUACUCUAUGGUUCUCUUUACAAUAGUUACCUUGUCUAUUUGCGUGCUCUCGUCAGUUGUCAUGAAAGUGGUUCAUGGACGUGAUAUGGCCAAGUUCAGUGACUUAGCGAAUCAGACUGGCCGUUCAACGAUUCACUACACGUUGAGCAUGAAAUUUCAACUAGCCGAGAACUUGCGCGUUACGAAG